GGUUCUUCUGGAAAGUGUCCAGACGCAACAAAGGCAACAAACGCGGCAGCAUCCGUCCGGAGACGCCAUCGCCAAACUAUUUUUGUGACUUUGGCCGGCGCAGGGAAGCCCGAGGCCGAAUACCAACCCCGGCUUUGAUUAAUUCUUUCUUUUCUUGUACUUGGAUGACUUUCACCACGCACUUGGACGAGUAAUUGGGAGCGCUACUUCGUUACCUCCGUCUGCAACAAUACUAAUCGAACUCGGGACUUCCUAUCUCUGCUCGAGCAUCCGAUCCUCUCCUCCAGAGCAAGCUCCCUCUCCGACCUAAUACCCCCUAAAUACCCGACCACGGCACCAUGCCCGACGCCUCCGCUUCCGGAGCCUCGGCGUCCCAGAACGACUCGGCGCGCAACCGGCGCGAGCACAACCAGGGCAACCAGGAGCGCAAGUACACAGUCGAGCAGAAGGCGGCGGUGCUGCGCAUCCGGCGAUGCCAGCCGACGGCUUUCUACGAGAUCCUGGAACUGCAGAAGUCAUGCACCGACGGCGAGAUCAAGAAGGCGUACCGCAAGCUGUCGCUGUUGACGCACCCGGACAAGAAUGGGCACGAGAACGCGGACGAGGCCUUCAAGAUGGUGGCGCGCGCGUUCAGCGUGCUGGGCGACAAGGAGAAGAGGGACAAGUUUGACCGGUUCGGCACCGAUCCCGACAGCCGCUUUGCCAACGCCCAGGCGCAGGCCCAGCAGAAUCCAUUUGCUGGGUUCGCGCGGAGAGGAGGCGGCGGCGGCGGUGGGGGAUGGGGGGAGGAAGAGAUUAGUCCUGAGGAGAUGUUUGCGCGGUUCUUCGGGGGCGGGGGGUUCGGGGGGCCUUUCGGAGGCUUUGACGGCGGGCCACAGUUCGUCUUCAAUUUCGGGAACGGGCCAGGUGUUAGGGUGCAUCAAUUCGGCGGCGCGCGGCCGCGGGCAAGACCUCGCAACCCAGGGCAAGAAGAACCGGCGAGCGCGUGGAGUACGAUUAUCGGGCUGCUGCCCAUCAUCAUCCUCGUCGUCUGGCCGAUCCUCUCGGGUAUCUUCUCGGGUUUCUCACCCUCGACACCGGCAACGCCUAGUAUGGUCUUCGACGAGCCGCACCCGCCGCUGUACACGAUGGAGCGCACCAUGCCGCAUUUCGGGGUCAGAUACUACCUCAACCCGGCCGACGUCCUUUCAUACAGCCCAUCCAAGCUUUCGUCGCUCGACAAGAGGGCCGAGGUAGUACUUGUGCAGCAAUUACGGAUCAAGUGUGAGAACGAGGUGUCGCACAAGCAGCAGCUACGCAACGCGGCGCAAGGCUGGUUCUUCCAGGAUCCCGACAAGAUGGAGGUGGCGAAGGCGUUUGACAUGCCUGCGUGUAACAGGUUGAACUCAUUGGGGGUAUAGCACGAAGGGGGCGUAGAGGGGCUAAUGUAUCUAGAAGGAGCGUUGUGUAUGCGGCAUAGAUUCUUGUGUUAUGAAUAUCUUGUGUUUCAUACGGGGGCCUGCGAGCGUUGGGGGGUUAUUUUGCAUCUACAGCACGUGAGGCCUUGUUGGGAUCCUUAUGCAUUUUCAGUCACCUGCGAGACCAAAAAUCAUGACAUACCACCAUGGAGAUAUGUACAUGUGCAUUGGCCAGGUUGAAAGGUAACGAGGGCAAUGCUCCGUACCCAAUGAUGAAUGGAAAUAGGUACCGAAAAGGCCCGGGAUGGAGGUUGAUAUUCCACGUGUGCUGCAGCUGUGCCAGCCCCUGCCCGUCUCGGUCAGAUCUGAGACGCGCAAUCGCGACGAAUUCGUCGAAGCUGGCCGCAGUGGCCUGGUGGCAAC